AUGUUGGCUAAAAAAAAGAUUGUUGGCCUCGUUACAGAUAUGGUUACUACCCGCCUCCGUUGGUGGCCAGGAUCCGGAAAUGGUUUCUACCUGCCUCCGUACUACGCCUCCGGCCGUGAAUCCGAACUUCCCACCUCAAAAUCUGCCCACUCAGCCACUGCCACUACAACCAACCAUUUAAGUGCACCUCACGGCAAUGGCACAACAUUCCAAACUGACUGUAUUGUGGAACAUUUUAUCAACGACGAAUACUUUUUUUCGCGUAAUUUCGAGGACAUAUAA